CGCCGCUUAACCUUUGUCGUUGAAUAGAUUGGACAUUGGAACGUAGAGGAUAAUAACGGAGAAUUUGUUUUUAGCUCAAGCGCUUAGACUGAAUUUUCGAGCACGAUGCACAGAGAAGGUGGUAGAUCUUACAAAGCUAUCCAACCUCCUAUUGGUGUUGUUUAUAAUUUCUUGCAGAAGAAAGCACGUGUGAGGGUAUGGCUGUAUGAACAGUGUAACUUACGAAUUGAAGGAGUGAUAAUUGGUUUUGACGAGUACAUGAACCUGGUGUUGGCUGAUGCUUGUGAAAGGCAUAUGAAGUCAGGAGCUAAAAAACCUUUGGGAAGGAUCCUCUUAAAAGGAGAGACAAUAACGCUCGUCCAGGUUGCGAAUUAACGGAUUUACUUUAGGUCCUAAUAAAUCACUGUUAAUAUUUCCCAUUUUGUACGUUGAAGUACAUAUAAAACCAUUUGAUGUAAUUCUUUGUAGUGUUAGACUUGUCUGUUUAACGUGUUAUUCAUAAUAAUUCAACUCUCCAGUGAUAUCAUAUAUAAGGGGAUAUUGCGAAGGUUAUCGUUGCAUUCAUAUUCGACCUAUUAAGUUGUCUAAAACUGUAUCAUUUCCUGUUCACUUUGUUAGCAAUAACUUAUCGUAUUAGUGACUUCGAAAUCAUUCGCAGAUCACAUUUAGGGAAAAUUGUUUUGCUUUAUCAAACGAAAGGGUAUUGUUUUGAAAACAGACGAAAGUAGUUGCAGUGAUCCUGACUUAUAGGGUGAUUAAUAACCUGCAUAAGCUAAUUCAGCGAAAUUGUUGGCUCGAUGGUUCAUUUUAUUUAUUUACAUCGUUAGUUCUGCCUGACUGAGAUGAUGAUGACGGAACAACUCUAUUUAGUAAAGAAGCUGUGGCUGAAUGCUUGUCACAGGAAUAUGUUACUCGGCAUUUCAAUGUGUUGUCAUAAGAGCUCCAAAUUACCACUACAUUGAUCUUAACUCAGCCUUUAUGUUUUCUUAAAAAGUUGUCCAAAUCGAAUACUUAGGCGUGUUAAAGCCCUAGUCGUACGAAAUUUCAAACCACCAUAGUGUUGA